AAGGUCGCCUAAAUCCGCGACCUUUGCUUCCGCGUCGCAAAAAGCGAGCAAGAAAAGGAGAAAGAAAAAGGGAAAAGCGAUUUGUAAUCGAGAAAGAACCCUAAUUCCCUGAUCUGAUGUUCCAAAUCCAAACACUAGGGAUUGGAAUUUAGAUAUCCUAUUGUUCUUCUCGCUCUCUACUUCUUCUUCUGCCUCCAUUGCUUGGAGAUCCGAUUCGAGGAGGAGGAGGAGAUGGGGGAAGGGGAGGAGAAGGGAUGGUUUAUAUAUAGCUUCGUGGCGAGGGGGACAAUGGUGCUGGCGGAGUACACGGAGUACACUGGCAACUUUCCGGCGAUCGCCACGCAGUGCCUCCAGAAGCUGCCCUCCUCCAACAACAAGUUCACCUACGCCUGCGACCACCACACCUUCAACUUCCUCGUCCACGAUGGCUACGCAUAUUGUGUUGUUUCAAAAGAAUCUGUUGCAAAACAUGUCUCCAUAGCCUUUUUGGAGAGACUGAAGGUAGACUUUAAAAAGAGAUAUGGAGGUGGUAAGGCUGAUACAGCAACUGCCAAAAGUCUCAACAAAGAAUUUGGCCCCGUUAUAAAGGAGCACAUGCAGUAUAUCAUUGAUCAUGCAGAUGAGAUAGAGAAGCUUUUAAAAGUGAAGGCCCAAGUAUCAGAAGUUAAAAGUAUUAUGUUAGAUAAUAUAGACAAGGUUAUGGACCGUGGAGAGAAGCUGAAAGACCUUGCAGACAAGACCACAGAUUUACAUUCUCAGGCUCAAGAUUUCAGAAAACAAGGAACAAAAGUUCGUAGAAAAAUGUGGUUUCAGAACAUGAAAAUCAAGUUGGUGGUUCUUGCGAUUCUCUUGCUUCUAGUCCUUAUUGUUUGGGUGUCUGUCUGCCAAGGAUUUGACUGCACCAAGCAUCACGACUAAGAAUUUGGAACUGCUUACAGUGAAAAUUUAUAUGAAGUCUUCCAAAGGAUUGAGACAAACAAAUGAGAGCUUGUUGGAGAAGUUCCAGCUAUUUGCUAAAUUUGUUGCAAGUUGUGGUCUUUGAUGGUGUAAGUUUCAGUUUGUUCAAUCCAUUCAUGUCACCAACAGAAGGCCAAUAGAAUAUGUGCGAUUUAGUUGGUCUUUCAUGUGUUAUUGUUAUUAAAUUUCAAAUAGAAUGCAACUCUCAUUUUGGCUGCUUUAUAAGAUGCUGUUACCUACGUGUGAAGCUUCAA